AGGAAUAUCAUGUCUACAAUUGUAUUCAAAAUAUCAGUAUUUACCAAAACCUUCUUUGCAACGACUACAUUUGGAUAACUUAUGUGUAUCUCAACUAGAAUGGAAACCAUAUGAGGGAGAGUAUCUUGCUGGAAGAAAUUAUAGGUUUGUCACAGAUACCCAAGUGCUUUUUGAAGUGAAUUUUUCAGAUCAAGAGCAGAUUAACAAACUUCUUAGUAGCAAAUAUGAACACGAGGUUCAGCUAAAAUGCAAUGAAGGAGUCGUCCAUGCUUUUGUAAUAUGGUUUGACUUGUAUCUAGAUGAAGAUACAUGGAUAACUACAAAUCCCAAUCAUGAAAAUUGUGCCAAGUGUUGGGAACAAGCAAUUAUAUAUAUUGAUCAUAGCAAAUAUCUAAAAGAAGGAGACAUGUUAAAUUUGGAAGUUUCCAUGGAAGAUUGUAGACUGAGUGUCAGAACUUUAGAUGAAGGACCAACUCAUGACUGUUUCAAAGUAUCCAAGGACAUAGUUACCAUUUUAAAUGAUCAAAAGCUUGUGGAUACUUAUAUAUCUGUAGCAGAUUUAUUUAAAGACAGGCAGUUAGAUGUAAUGGACCUCACCCCAUUCCCCUUGGUAGGAUUUCUCUUAGCUAAAAAUGGCUGUCGAGUGUUCCACAGUAUGAGAAAUAAACUCGAUCAAGACUUUUUUGAUUACAUUCUUCGCGUUAAUUCCAUAUCACCAGAACGAUUCGUAAUGUUACCUGAGGGCGCAAGAUGCAUUGACCCAGAAUUCGUCAAACCAAACAGUUUGAUAUUGCAUGACGUUAUCGACACUGACGGAUACUUGGAAAGCAACUUUUUCCGUACAGAUUCAUUGGAGCCCGCUAUAGUACUCCCCGUAACUGCCUUAGCAGUCGCCAUGAUGGUUUAUGCACCAUACAUUGAUUGCUGUAAUAAGGUUAAUGAUUCCAAUACGUUGGGUUUCAAGACAGCAAAACAUAUGAAUCAGUAUUCGGGAGAUGAACAUCCCAACAUUGAAGAUCUGGUUUAUGAGCAACGUACGGAACGCGUCGUUUUCACAUUGGAAGAUGGUGUUAAAGUAAUGUCUGUCACUGCCGUAAAUACUGGCCUUGUGAAUGCAGUGUAUUAUUGGUACGAAAUGUAUUACUCUGACAAAAUCAAAUUCUCUACUUUGGAUAGCAGCCAUUACAAGAAAACCUGCUAUUUUAUGAAAGAGACAAAAUACGUGACGAAAGGAGAAAAUUUGAGUAUAGAGUGUCACGUUGAAGAUUCAGUGAUGAAGAUUACAGAAGGCACCGGACAAAGUUACAGUGAAUGACAUUUGAAAUAAAUGCAAUGCAUGGUAAAUGAUACAAAGGCUGCGACAUACCUUAUAUUAAAAAUAACACGAAAACUAAUUUAUAAGCAUAGAAAUCAAAAUUCACUCAAGCCGAGAUACAGGGAGUGGGAGUUGUAUUACCGUUAACGUUUGCCUUUCUUGAUAUUCAAGUCAAUGAAAUAAAUGUCAAGUGAGUGACAGUAACAUUGAUUGUCAAAACUCCCUAAUACCUCGCAAUUUUCUACAUGUAGUGAUGCCAACAUAUGCAGUUUAUAUUCAUUCUUUCAGGAAGCUUGAUCACUGGUGCAGAACUAAGGCUUCACUGUCUUAAAUAUAUUGUCCUCGCCACUAACUUUUCCUGUAUGUCUAAAACAUUUUUAGUCGAGUUUUUCUUUUGGAGAAAAUUAAAUUGAUGUUUUAGGUGCAAUCCGAAUUUUUCCGUGAAUUAAGGCACAUGAGGAAAUCUUCCUAUUUCACUUUGCCCAUAGCAUUUCCAUCCUCAAACUUUUACAUAAAAAAUUAUCUGAUAAAACCCCUUAAAAUAAAUUUAUGGGUCAAAACUAAAAUUCCUCGAUCUGACUUGGUGGGACAUAAUCUUGAAACGAGCUUAAUUUUUUUCCUGAAAAGUACCUCUGGAGGCAUUAAGCUCUGUGAAAUUUCGGGAUCCUAGGUCGAACCGCUCGGUUUGGAGCCGCCCUCAAAGUUUGUGUGUUUGUAAAAAAUGUGGAUUUUAGCGUUUUGGGAAGCAUUAGACCCCGUAAUUUAUUCCGUACAAGGAACUCAAAAUUGACCAACCUAUCCCUCUAUAGCUCUCCUUUAACUUGGUCGAAUAGGCCUUGGAUUCAAUUUUCAAAAUUUCUGACAAAAAUUGGCCAUUUUCAUCAUAUUGGACAGCGGAUCAUGUCUAAUAUAAGGCCUAAGGACUGAAAAAUCUCAAUACUUAGGUCGAGCUGUACGCUCAGGAGAUGCGUUCUAAGUUCAAGAACAUUUCCAUUUUCUCGCUACUCUCUUUAUCGUAAAAAGCGUUAAGCCUCGCAAUAUAUGACUAUUCGAAGUAAAAUUGUUCGGAGAAUUAAAAAGGGCUUCCAAAUUUAGAUCUGCUAAUGCGUUCGGUAGAUUUAGUGUAUUUUUAAAAAAUUUUCGUUGUUUCAUUGGGCUGACAAUUCCAAAACACGUCCACAAAUUUUUUUUUUCAUAAAGUAGGAUGAUCAAUCAAUCACUCUAUAUGAGUUGGAGUUUGUUCCCGGAUCUCUAAAUUGGCCGAAUUGGUCAUUUAAAUGAGAUUUCAGAUCAUAAUUGUUGUUGAUGCCUAAAAUAAAUGACAUUUCGUCUUUAAUUAGUGUAAAUAAAAGCAGCAACAUUACUGCUUUUAUACUCUGCAAAAAAAAAUUACUGCCUUUUAUCAUAGUUUCCAUAAUCUAUUGAUGUUAUUUUUUCAAAGCAAAAACUCAAUAAUGCAGAAUUUUACUUUAUUAUUAUAUAAUUUAUUCAUAUUGAAAUACGUACAUAAAUGGCACAAAAGUAAACAUAUUCAACAUCUAAUAAUUCAAUUUAAUAAUUAUAUGAUUACAUGUAAUAAUAACAUUCAACAAAAUUAUUAUAUAAAUAAACUAAAAACAGCAUGUUUUCCUAUAUGUUAAGUUAACCGAAGAUUAUUUUUCAAAAUUAUUCUUUUGGAUCAAAAGUAUUUAUUUUUAACAAUAAAUACUUAUUUACAAAUAGAAUUAUUACUGAAAAAAUUAAAUAAGUAAACAGAAUAGGUAUAUAGGUAUAUAGGUCAAAAAGGCAGUACUUGUACCUUACAGAGAUUAAACAGUCUAGUUUGAAGGCUUUUUUAAUUUGAUAAAUUGAUUUGUUUUUAUGUUUAUGGGAGAUUUAGUUAAUAUGAAAUAUUUGGCAAACUGAAAUCUAACUAUUUUUGUUAAACAACGUGAUCAAUGAUAUAUUUAUCAUAAAAUACUUUUUUACCAAACCUUUAAACUUUGAGCGCGACUCCACUCCAAACCGUCCGUCCUAGUACCAUUAAUAUUACAGAGCUCAUGCCUCCAUGGAUACAUUCCAGACAAAAAAAAUGAGCCCGAUUUAAGAUAUGACCCGUCAAUAUGCGAUUUAAUAACCUAUAAAAAAUAUUCGUAUAAAUACAGGUUCGGAAAUACAACUUUAACGCCAUGAAUCUGGCAAUAGAGCGUAUUUUUACGAACUAUUCAAAUUAUUUCUCAAUAUAUCUUCUAUUUUAGAGAUAUUGCAAUUGGUUUUUUGAAUUAUUAUGGUAACCCGAUUUUUUAAAAUCUUACUAACUGCACGUAUUUAUUUUCAAUUUCAUUCAGUGUAACUGUAUUCCGAGGUUAAAACUCUCAUGUACUCCACUAGUUGUACAAAAAUACUUUGUAUAUAACUCUUAAGACUAUACUUUAUUAUUUAAUGUUAAAGGUUUUUAAAGGUAGUUGUAAAUAAAAAUGAACACUAUCGA